CGCGGUCACAACAAGCGUUGUUGCGGAAUUUGUUAGCAAACAUUUUUUUCGUAAUUCUUGAAAAAUCUGCACUUUGCAUGAGCAUUUCGUGUGCCAAACCGACGCUUAUUCAGUCUUCUUUCGAGAUAGAAUAGCAAACAUCCAAAGAUACAUAAACAGUACAUCCGCAUGCCAAAUCCAAUGGAAAACAAACGUAAAAUGCGUCGAAAACAACCGUCGGAAUCGGAUGGGGAUAGUUCUUCCGCAGAGCCGACAAAUAAAAAGAGUAAGAGUGCCGAGCUAGACAUGAGCAGUACUCUGGUACCAGCCAACUGCAGUCGACAGUCAACAGAGUCACGCAGGUCCCAGCGAUCAUAUUCAUCGUUCAAUCUUUCAUGCGAACCACAGCUUCCAAAUGAAUUUAAUCGCUGCGGCAAGGUCAUAUCCAUACACCUGGAGAACUUCAUGUGCCAUGAGAGUUUCACCGUGGAUUUUGGUCCAAAUACCAACUUCCUUGUGGGCAAAAAUGGCAGUGGCAAGAGUGCCGUGAUCACGGCGCUUUCCCUGGGACUGGCGGGCAAUGCGCGCGCCACAAGCCGUGCGGCCAGCAUAAAGAAGCUAAUUAAAAACGGUGAAACGUCGGCCAAAAUCGAAAUUACCUUGUGUAACGUGGGAAUGUGCCCCUUCGAUGCAGAGCACAUGGGGCCGCAUCUAACGGUAGUGCGACACAUACGCCAAUCGUCCUCAACGUACGAGCUGAAGGAUGCACGCGGUAAAAUUGUCUCAAGGAAGUUAGACGAUGUUAAACGCUUGCUGCGCCGCUUUAGCAUUCACGUCGAGAAUCCCAUAUUUGUGCUAAACCAGGACUCGGCGCGUGAAUUUCUGAAAAAACUGGAGCCAUCGUCGAAUUUCACGCUGCUGAUGAAGGCAACACAGAUGGAUACUUGUGCCAGUGCACUGUCCGAAUGCCUUACUCUACGCCAAAAGCAGGUCAGAUCUCUGGAACAUUUUAAAAUGAGAAUGACAGUUGCGGAAGGACUGGUGAUGGCAGAGGAGGAUAAGCUAGCAGCACUCAGGGAUAAGGAAGCAGUCAAGUUAAAGUUAGCCGAGGCCAACACCAAGCUGGCUUGGCUGUCGGUCGCCCAAAAGGAGAAGGAGCUGGCCAGCUGUGACCACUCGAUUCAACUGGUUGAAGUUAAGAAGGCCAAGCUGGUGGCAGCCACAACACAGAAGGACUCCACACAAGUCACACUCACGCAACAGUUGAGCAACUUUGAGGAAAAGAAGAGGCACAACCAAGAUGUUCACAGAUCGCACGAGACAAGGAUGCGUGAGGCUACGCGCAUAUUGCAGGAUCAAUACUUGAAAGCCUGCAAUAUCCGAACACAAAUGAAAAAUGCCGAGAAGCGCCUCAACGAGGAUGAGCACGAGUACGAAGCUUGCGAGAAGCACAUCAGCAAUUACCAUGCGGACUAUGCCAGAAUCAAGCAGGAGCGAGAGGAGCUCGCCACCAGAGCGGUGGAGCUGAAGCAGCUGAUCGCCGAAAGGGAGGCACUUGUAAAGCAGGCCCGACAGGAGCAACUGGAGCAAAAGGAGCGCUAUAAUGCCUUCCGCGAACAGGUGGACGCUCAACGAUUCGAAAGAAACAAAUUGAACCAUACCAAGCAAAACAUUCAAACGGAAAUGGAGACGCUUAGACGCAACAAAAGCAACAAACUGUCGAUUUACGGCGAGCAGGCAAUCAACGUGGAUGGUGCCCUGCGCUCUCAGUAUACCGGUCCCAAUCAGCAUCGAAUGCCGCGCGGUCCACUUGGGCAGUACAUAACCGCAGUGAAUCCCAAGUACAGGGAUCUGGUCGAGAAUCAGCUGUCCUCUUGCCUACGCUCCUACAUCGUGAGCUCUGACAAGGAGCGUCAAGCGUUGAGAGCGUUGCUUCAGAGGUUCCAUGGCAACAAUAUGCCCACCAUCAUUACCAGUGCGUUCACAAAUAACAUCUACAAUGUGUCCAAAUUCAAAGUACAAGCCACAACACCCAACACAACGGUGCUGAUCGAUGAAAUCAGCUGCGAUGAUCCGGUUGUUAUGAACUACCUAAUAGAUUCGUUGCGCAUUGAGACGGUGCUGGUGACCGAGUCCAAAGAGACAGCCGAAUUUCUCACUUCCGACACGGAGAAUGUGCCCCCGAAUUUGACGCGUGUGCUGGUGCCAGGCCUGGGGCUGGAGUACAUACCAUCGCCCAACUAUGCCGUCUAUUCGGCUCGCAUAAGCCCCGGACGUUACAUGCAGGUGAAUGUGGACGAUCGCAUACGGCAGCUGCAGGAUGCGCAGCGUAGUCUGCAGGAGCGAGCGGCAUCCAUAAAUGCAGAUUUUCAGACACUGAGGGAAAAGCUGGAGCGCGCCGGUCAGGAGGUUGCCCAAAAGACAACCGAAAUAUCUCAGUGUAUUGCUGAAGUGCAGAAGGCGUCGCAAGAGAUUAUUGAAAUUGAAAGCACCGAGCACCGUGAUCUGCCAGAAUAUGAUCGCCUGAAAACCCAUUUGGCCGACUGCGCGGAAAGGAUUGAGAAAUGUAAAGAGGAACGCCGGGAGCUGCAGCUGAAACUCGAAGCAAUCGAUGAGCGCAAGGCCCAAUAUGAAGCUAUGAAAUCCGACGAGUUGAAGGCCCUCCAGGAGCUUGGCAAACAAAUGGAGAGCAUCGAUACGGAGGCCCACGAGGUCACAAAUCGAAUACGUACCUUGGACAGCGAAUACUCGCAAAAUAGUCGCCAUCUCCAGACCAUGGUGGAGCUUGUCGAAAAUCAGCAAAGAAUUAAACAGGAACUUCUCAGCGAAUUGGAGAAGAUGCGCCACGCGGCUAAACUGAUGGGAGAAUGUAUUGAGACAAAAGAGACGGAAGAGGAACUUCAAGACUUAAUAAGUCGACACAAAUCGAGAAUUCGACAAGUGGAGCAACUAAACUACGAUCCCGAAGAAUUGGAGAAGGGCUUAGUUGUCCUCCGAAAUAGACUUGCUGAGGAUACGAAUCGUUUUGAAAGAACGGACAGUGUCAUUCGCGAGCUGCGCACAUCGUACCACGACCAUGCGCAAAAUUUUCAAAGAUCUCGCAGCCAUUACCUAACCAUGGUUGAGUAUAGUUUUCAAAAUUCCCUAUCACUGCGUCAUUUUAACGCGACCUGUGAAAGUAAUAUAAGAGCCAAGACAUGGAGCAUAAAUGUCUUUCCGGCCAGUGGCAACAAAACCUCAAACGCUAAAAGUCUGUCCGGUGGCGAGCGCUCAUUCACGACAGUUUCGCUGCUGAAAGGACUUUGGACAACUUCCGAUCAUCCAUUUUACUUUUUGGACGAGUACGACGUUUUUACCGAUGAAGUCAACCGAAAGUUUAUUACUGAAAUGCUAAUUAAAGAGGGUGAAGACUUGAGACACCGACAAUAUUGCUUUCUGACACCCCUGGACACGGCUGUGACAGAAAGUCCAUACAUAAGAAUACUCAAAUUGUCUUCACCCGAUGAAGAUAAUACCAACGAGCACUCUCAGGCUUAAUCUUUGGACCCACAAAGGCGGUUGCAGGACGACGACAAAG